GGCACAAAAGAGAAGGGCAGAAAAAAGAACCCAAAAAAAUAAAAAGUCACCGCCUUUAAUGGCGCCCCUUCGCCUUGUCAUUUUGGAGAGGAUUAACCAUCAGCCCCCCAGACAAAGCAGCCGUAAAACAUCCUUCUCCUCCUGAUUGAUUAAUGUGAUGCCCCCUCUGACCCAUGACCCUAUUGCCUCCUUAGGUUACAAACCAGAUCGGGCUAUCAAGAUUUUCUUUUCUUGUAUAAAAAUCCUCCAAAAGUCUUCAUUUUUCAUCUUAAUUAAAUUUACGCCCAAAACUCAAAACACUUUUGUCUUCGUUUGCAACAGUAUCCUGCAGUGUCCUCAGCUCUGCACAGAGCGGCGUUUCCUUCCUUUUUUCUUUCUCCGGGUCCCUACUUGAUGGUCAUGGUCUUACAGAACCUACUACCAGUCCCAUUCUUUCUCUCUACCAUCCCAAAAUAAUGGUGGGUUUAACUCCGAUUCCUCAGUGGCUUCAAGCUUUACUGGGCGAGAAAUUCUUCAUCCCCUGCUCGGUUCAUCUGUCCGAGAAGAAAUGUGAAAAGAACACCUUUUGUUUGGAUUGCUGCAUCAGUCUCUGCUCCCAUUGCCUUCUUCCCCACAGAACUCACCGUCUCUUGCAGAUUAGAAGGUACGUUUACCAAGAUGUCAUACGCUUGAAUGAAGCCCAGAAACUGAUGGAUUGCUCGUUCGUUCAACCGUACACAACAAACAGUGCAAAAGUGGUGUUCUUGAAUCAACGGCCAAUGACACGCCAAUUCAAAGUCUCCGGCAACAUUUGCUCCGUUUGUGACCGGAACCUGCAAGAGCCUUACCUUUUCUGCUCAAUCUCUUGCAAGUUUCAGGUUCAUCGGACGGCGGCGAGCGGCAAAGGACAUCUCUGCAACUCCGAUGCGAAGGGGCUGAGGUUCGAGAGCUGUUUGGAGCUAGACGGCGGCCAAAUGACGCCGGAAUCGGUGCUUGAGCUGGCGGUUUCCAUUCAAACGUCGUCUGGAUCAAGCUCGAGCAAUGUUGGUGGACUGAAUUGCAGUAGGAGUACGCUCGCCUGCACUGCGACCACCGAGUUCGUGAGGAGAAAACGCAGCGCCAUUUCUGGUUCUCGGUCUCGGCACCGGGUGAUAUGUGCGCCGGCGCCUGAAUGUCCCGACGGCGUUAACCGCCGGAAGAGAGUUCCUCACCGGUCGCCGUUGUAUUAAAUCCUAGGGAGGGAUGUGCAUGGAAUUUUUCUUUGUUAAAUUGACGGUAGAACCUCUCAAGUUUAACCCUUUUAACGCUGGUGGUGGUGAGCGGUGCCUCUUAAAUUUUAAAUUUGCUUAAUUAUUUUUAAAUUUUUUUAAAAUUAAUCACAACACCCUUUUAGAUAUGUUGUGAUUAAUUUUGAUAAAUUUAAAAAUUAAUUAUGUAAAUUUUAAAAUUAAUGAGAGGCAUCCAAUUAAAUUAAAGGGUUAAAAAUAUGGUCAAUUUCUCAUAUUCUUCUUCUGUUUUAUUUUAUGUUUGUUCUUAAUGACUUUGUCUUUGACUGAAGUUUGUUUGUAUUUUCUUUUUCUCUUGUAGGAGCUUGUUUAAUUAUUUA